GCGAGGGCGGCGGGGCAGGCAGAUACAGGCGCUUCUCCGACUCUCGACCACCGCCGCGGGGCUCCGGAGCUCUGAAGGCGGCGGGAUGGGGGCCGGCGCGCUGUUGCUGCUGCUGACGCUGCUGCUGCUGGGGGCGCUGAGUCCGCCGCUCCGCUUCCGCGCCAAGAUCGCCAGCUAUUGCGUUCUCUGCGUGGUCGCCUCGGCCCUCACCAGCCUCGUCUGCCUCCUCUGGAACGGCGGCCGCACCGUCCGCAACAUGACGAUCAUUAAAAAUGUGGUUCGCACCUUCAAGUACUUCUACGGCCUGAGGUUUGAAGUGAAGGGUCUGGAGCACUUCGAGGUCGAAGGUCCCUGUGUCAUCAUCUCAAACCACCAGAGUAUCCUGGACAUGAUUGGGUUGAUGGAAAUCCUUCCGGAGCGCUGCGUCCAGAUUGCCAAAAAGGAGCUCUUAUACUUUGGGCCAGUGGGGCUGAUUAUCUACCUGGGUGGGAUCAUCUUCAUCAACCGGAAGAGCACCGGCAAUGCCAAGUCCGUGAUGUCUGGAGUCGGCCAGGCCAUGACCAGCGAGAAUCUCAAGAUCUGGAUCUACCCAGAGGGAACAAGGAACAUGAACGGAGAUCUUCUGCCCUUCAAGAAGGGAGCUUUUCAUCUCGCAGUCCAGACCCAGGUUCCAAUAAUUCCUGUGGUCUAUUCCUCCUUUUCUUCGUUUUACAACCCAGAAAAGAAGAUGUUUACAUCAGGCAAAAUCAAGGUGGAAAUCUUCCCGCCCAUCUCAACGAAGGGCCUGACAAAUGAGGAUGUUGAUGAUCUCUCCAAGCAAUGCUACACCACCAUGAGGGAAACCUUCUUCACGUUAUCGGGAAAGAGCAGAGAAGCCAACGGAGAGGCCUCCAUCCUUGGGCAGUAGGGUCUCUUGCCAAAAUGACUGGAGGGCUCACCUGUGGGACAGUCCUUCAAUUGCCCCCAAGAGUGGUGAUGGCCCCCCUUGCUUGACGAAAACUUUGUGUAAGUUGUUCCAAAGCAUUUGAGUGAGGGGGAGGAGGAAAUUCAACCGGUGGAUGUGCUCAAAGGUUGAGGAAUCUCGUCUGGCCUUUCCCUCCUCACCUCCUUCUCCACAAACUGCUGUUACCAAAGAUUCCUGCCCUUCUUGGUGUCCACAACCAGCAGUUUAAACAACCCCAAGUGCCUUUUCUCUCUCCUGGUGACCUCAGGGACUGGGUCCAUGGCUUCCUCUUUGCCCCCCAGGGUGAUGGUGUGAAGGUGCUUCUUCUCUUCAUUGGGCACUGGGGUAAUUUGGGUCGACAGGCCCAGACCUUGAUCCACUUGGCAUUUUUUCCGAAGGAAGUUGGGGGGCAUCAGGCCCCAUUAUUUGACGCAGUUUUGAGUUGAGAGGGGGAACCAGUAAUGACCCUUGUCCAGAAGAGGAGAUGCUGGGUGGUUGCUGUUCUGAUAGGCUGCAUCUAUUACUGUUGGAGAUAAGGUACGCUAGUAAACUCCCACAGGUAAACUGGGGAGAAUGUGGAGGGACCACAGUAAAGUUUGCUGCUAUGGCAACCAAGCAAAUUCCAUCCUCCAGGACUCUUAUUGAUCCUUCUCAGUCUCACUAACUUUUAAGAUGUGAGGACCUCAACUCCAAGAAUUAUCCAGCCCGCUAAGGAACGCUGGCUGAAGAAUUCUGGGAAUUGAAGUCCAGACAUCAUAAAGUCCUUCCAACGUUAAAUGUUGCCUAAGAAAAAGGAAGCUUUCUUAUUUAUUUGGGACAAAGUUCUCCCCGUUCUUUUCUUUCAAGAUAACUAGAGCUCUGUUGCAAGAAGAAAUUUAUCUCAAGGCUUUUAGUCACCAAAAGUUGCCUCACACGGUUUGUGUGUCGGAGUGCAAAGCAGACAUAUGAACUUGAAAAUUCUGAGAUCUCAUGAUGGCAAAGAGAAGAGCUGAUGGGGGGGAAUCCUUUUGUUAGAGAGGAUUUCAAAACAAGACAAACGUGUGAAGAAAUUUGAUUAAACUUCCCUGCCGUAGUGUUUGGAUUUGCCUGUCACCUCAGCAAAGCAUGCCCAUUUUAUUUUGAUUUUUUGUGAUAAACGGAGGGCACAAUGCUGCUAGCAGCUCUUUCACUAAUUCUGUCAACCUUCAGCAGAGUUGUGAGUCCAACUUUUGAGUUGUGUUGGGGCAGAAAUUCUCAGAAGUAAACUCUUAAAAAGAGAAUAGACGUUGCAUUCACUCGGAACUGGGAGGGAGAACUUGUCACUUGUCCGACAUUCCCUGCAUGUUUGGCUGCUGCCCUGCUAAACUGUGGUUGCUCCCCACAAGCCUUGAUCCAGCCAUUCUCACCCGAACCAGCCAAUGAAGCCACUGCCUGUUGGUUGACAAUCAGCCUUACACUUCCUUCAGCCUGCAAGUUGAGGAAAGGUUUAGUCUGUAGAAAGGCAGCUUCCACCAUCUUGCAAAGUUUGAGUGAGGCCCUCCAGUCUCAGGGAGAGACCCGGAGGGGUUUUUUUUUUUGUUUGUUUGUUUUUUUGCUCAAGGGUGUCCAUUUCUGAACCGGUUGGUACCCUGAACCCAAGUUGGGUGGGCUUAGGUCAGUGUCGGCGAACCUUUUCGACAUUGCGUGCCGAAAUAAGGGAGUCUGUGCGCUCGCAUGUAUGUGCCAGAAACCAGAAGAGUAGCCAAGAAGAUGAUCUUCCGGUUUCCAGCAUGCACAAGGGCAUCGCCCAGCUGGUCUUCAUGCAUGCAUGCACAACAGAAACCAGAAGGCCAGGUGGUUGGUGCUGGUGCAUGUGACAGAAAACGGAAGAUCGUCUUCCUGGCAUGGGCAUGAGCACUGGGUGGCUGCUCUUCCAGUUUCCAGCAUUCCCACGAACGUGAAGACCAACUGGCUGGCAUGCUGGAACCUGGAAGAGCAACGGGCGACAGCUCCCAUGCCCGGAGAGAUGGCUGUGUGUGCCACUUCCAGCACGUGUGCCUUUAGUUCCCCAUCAAAGGCUUAGGUGAUCUUUAAGGUUCUUGGCAGCCCCACCAUGCAAAAGCAAGUUGCAUUCCCUUGCUUUCAUCCAAUCUGCUGUGGCCCUGUCCCCAUGAAUCAUUCUUCUACAAUCCCCACAAAAACGGUUGAGACUGGGCACAUCUUGCCCAACUUCAAGAUGGGUGAACUUCAACUCCCAGAAUUCCCCAGUCAGGGGAAUUCUAGGAGUUGAAGUCCACCCAUCUUGACGUCAUCGGAGUUGAAAAAGAUCACUCCCAGACUCUAGAGAAUUCCUUGGGCUUGGUGAUCAGCCAUCCUUCCAUGGACAGGAUAAAAACCAAAUCUCUAGGAUUGCUCUCCUCCAUUCUGGGAUAGUCUUCUUGCUGCCCCCCCCCUCCAAUUCUGCAACAAAGCCUGUCUCCCACUUAGCAGGGGAUGAAGCUGCUCCCGAAGCAGCUCAGCAUCUGGAAGACAUCAUCAAGCACAACUCCAGCAUUCAGAUGGUCUGUUGGAUCCACUAUCCUUUUAAGCCAGUUCCAGCUUAAUUUACAGGGCUUGGGAAUAUGGCUGUCCUUGUCCUGGGGAUGGAUGGAGGGGGGACAAGCACAUCUGGAAGGGAGGCCCUCAACCUUAGGCCCAAAUCGUUCAUCCCCAGCCUGACUUCAGGGGGCGGAGACCAGGAAAGAGUAUGUGGCUUCUGGGAGUUGUAGUUCCGACAGCUGAAGAAUGGUUUUUCUCACCCUUUCGAAAGCGUACCAAAAACAUGUGCAAAAGUGCCUUAUAUUGAAAACCAUUGGAUGCUUUUUGGUAUUGUCAAAUGUACUAUUUUUAUAAAGAAUUUUAUUUAAAAAGAA